GAAAUUCGUCAAUUGUCAACGAAUAAAGAAUUUAUCAGUCGUUUAGGUGAUCGUAAAUUCGAAGUUGUUCAUCCGUUUCAAAUCCGCGAUAAAAACGAUCGAAUUGGCAUCGACACAAGGAAUUAUUAUCUGAAUGGUAGUGUUCACUAUAAACAAGUGAUAAUCGUUGUACGAACACUUUCCGUUGGUCGAUUAAAAUUAUUAGUGCGUUUAAAUGAAUUGAUUUUUGUUAACGAAAGCGAUUUCAAAAAGUUUGAUGAUGUCGGUGAACGAUUACUAUCGCAGAGGGCUGAGAAUUGCUAUUAUCAGGGAAGUGUGAAUGGAGAGGAAUCUUCAUUUGUUGCACUGUCGUCAUGUAACGGUUUACGGGGAAUAAUUGGAUUUGUGAAUGGCACAGCUUAUGGUAUUUGGCCAUUGGACGGAGGUGAUCGAGGACGGCGACAUCCUCAUGUAUUCUAUCAAACAACCUGGACAAGAACCGCUAAUUCGGGAACACAAAUCAAAGUUGCGAAUAAUAAUGAAUUUGGAAAUAAUCUAAAAAUAAAAAAGCGUGAUGUUACACGGCAAACAAAAUAUAUUGAAUUAUCCGUGAUUGGGACUCACUCUUUUAUGAAGGAACAUGGUUAUUCGGAUAUCGUUGCUACAGAAUUCAUGCUUGAGGCAGUAAAUGUUGCUGAUUUGAUAUUCUCUCGUGAAUUAAAUGUUCGACUAUCUGUGAUUUAUUCAGAAUUAUGGAUUGAUACUAACCGAAUAGAUGUUACAGUAGACAUUGAGCGAACACUAAGCGGAGUUAUUGAAUAUGUUACUGGACAUCUUUAUCAUAUUGUUAAAGAUGUUACGAUAGUUUUUACUGCCGAUAAAUUUGCUAACAAUGAAGUGUCAAGUUGUGCAUUUGGCAGUAUUUGUACAUCUCGGGCUGCUGGGAUUAUAACAGCUAUUGACUUUUUUACAGUGCAUGAUACAGGUCAAGUUUUGGCCCAUAAUCUUGCUCAUUCAUUAGGUAUUGAUUACGAUAAAGGAAUUUGUUUAUGUGAAAUGGAUCAAUGUUUGAUGAACAGACAAAUAGGAUCUUAUGGCUCACCAUUUAUUUGGCAAUUUUCAAGGUGUACACUCGCUCGAAUGCAUGGUAUAUUGCAGACAGGUCAUUUACAAUGCCUUCUUAAUCGACCACUUGAAGCGUCACCGUUGCGACAAUGUGGAAAUGGUAUUGUAGAUGGUGAAGAAGAAUGUGACUGUGGCCGUAGAGACGAUUGUCAAGAUCCCUGUUGCGAUCCGUUAACAUGUACGCUUCGUGCUCAUGCUCAGUGUGCUACCCAUCAACCGUGCUGUUAUCGUUGUCAGUUUCGACCAGCUGGUCAUAUAUGUCGUGCUCCUCGUUCAAGCUGUGAUAUCGCUGAAGUGUGUAGUGGUGAUGAUGGCAAUUGUCCGUCAGAUGGCUAUCUAAUUGAUGGCACAGUAUGUGGCUUAAAUGGCCAUUGUUGGAAAGGCAAUUGUUCUGAUAUGGAGCAACAAUGUCGAAAUCUCUGGGGAAAUGAAUCAACUUUGGCAGUAGAUCAUUGCUUCGAAAGAAAUGUUCUUGGUGUUGAAUACGCAAACUGUGGUGUCGAUGCAGGCGGUGGCUUUCGAAAAUGUGCUCCAGAUGAUAUUCGUUGUGGUACAUUGCAAUGUCGAGGAGGUCAACAAAGCCCUUUAGAUCAAAGCCUUAGCUCAUUUAGUCUACAAUUUCUUCAUGAUUCGAAGCAGAUUCAAUGCAAAGUGAUAACGAAUUCAGAAGCCGGUAUUGUUUCGGAUGGAUCGAGUUGUGGUUCUAGUAAAGUGUGCAUACAAGGCGUUUGUUUACCUCUGUUACAAGUGUCAUCUCCUGUACAUUGUCCUACCAAUAAUUUAGCUUAUCAUUGCUCUGGACAUGGGGAUUGCACUACGACACAACAUUGUUUAUGUUUUGUUGGAUGGAGUGGAUUUGCUUGUGAUAUACGUUCAAAUACUUCAGUUUCUUCCUCAACUACUGCCUUAUCACCUUUUGAUGAUCUUUUUAUACCUCUAACUGUUGGUCAUACUUUGCAUACAACAACAUUGCUUGCUAUAUUAUUGCUAGUUGGUAUAUUUCUUCUUAUGCUCUUGGUUUGCCUUCUAUUUUGUUACAGGCGGCGGAGUGAUGUGGAAUUUUCUUCUUCGGCCAAUGAGAAACUGAACGAUAGUAUUCCAGAAAUCGCCCAGCGUUCCAUUAAAUUUGGAAAUAUGCCUAGUUAUCGUGAAGAAAAACGUAAGCGAAAGAAGGACAAAAGAGUUUAUGAUGCAUUACAUCGGAUUAAUGAAGCAAGCGAUGAACGCGAUUCAAUUUCCUUAAAAUCUCGCGAUUCAGCAAGUAACAGAAUUGGAAAUGAAUCCGCGUCAUUUAAUUUUAAGGCGAGUCCUAAUCUUGUAAGAAAUGGUGGAGCAAUUAUGUUAAGUUCACAUGGAUCGCAAACACUGAUUUUAAACGAAAAUUCUCCACGUCAUAAGUUGCUUAUUGGUUGUGAUUAUUAUAAUCGGUCCCCUUGCUCUGAAAUUCUUGCAUCACCGUCUAGAUGUUCAGUUAAUGCUCAUGGCGAAAUACGAUAUGACAGAACGCAUAAUGGUUAUGCCACAGAUUCUGAACUUGGUAUGAACCACUAUUCUCGUUAUAUGAACAAUAUAUCUCCUCAGUUGGAUCUUAGCCCAUCUUCUCAGGCUUCUACCAAUCGAUUGGCUCCUACUCCUCUUAAACUUAAUAAUAUCGGCAUGCUUCUGAGGCAGUUGAAAUAUACCGAUGAAAAUACUAGUGAUUCCGGAUUGGGUGAAACUGAACGUAUUAAUCAUAUCAACUGGAAUAUGAAUAAUGAAUCGAGUUGCGCUGCUUUAGAAACUGAAGAAAAUUGCAAAAUGAGUAUUCGUAAUGAAGAACCAGUUGAAAUGUAUAACAGAAAGCAUAACGACGAUCGUUAUGACGGCAUUGUCUUUGAUAAUCGUCGUGCAAUUCAGUGCAAUUUCAGUGGAUCAUCAAACGAUUCUAUUGGUAAAUCUGACACAAAGGGUAUUAAUUUUCAUCAAGCGAAUUCUUUGUUGAAUGAAGUAAAUAAGAGCGAAAGGCAGUCACUUUUCACAGAUUCAUUUAAACUAGAUUUAUAG